AUGGAGUCGCGUUUGUCAGGCACGAGCAGCAUGAAGAACAUGAAGAUCUCGAUGGAAAGCGAGCGCAUGUUCGCCGAUAUUGAAGAUGAGAUGCAGGCCCAGUCGCCGUCGCGGGAUAUGCGCCGACCGUCGUCGCGGAUCAUGUCGCCUAGCAACUCCAACACGUCCGUGUCCGGCAGCCGCAUCAGCGUCAAGGACCAGCUCUACUCGCUUGAGUGCAAGGUGCAGUCGCAUGAGGACACGAUCCAGAAGCUCAUGUCCAUCCACCAGGCGGAUAAGGCGCUGCUAUUGACCAAGAUCGAGGAGAUUACGGACCGCACAAGCGAGGAGCUGCACAAGCUUCGCAUCGACUACCAGAAGAAGCUCAACACGGCGAGCGAGGAGAUCGAGCGACUCAACAAGUGCCUGAACGUCCAACGCGGCCACAUCACCACGCUGCAGGAGCAGUGCCAGUCCCUGCACAAGCACGUCGUGCAGGUGGACGAUGACGUCACGAAACUUGCUACCGAGGUGCUUGGAGAAUAA